AUGGCCUCUGGCGAAAGGGCUUCUCGCAGCUGUCCCUGCGCCGAAGGUAAGGGCAGCAGUGGCAGCUCCUCUGAAUCGAGAGUGCUGCCGCCGAGUAGGGAACAAAUGGGCAGGGCCUCCUGGAAACUGCUGCAUAGAGCCGUGGCGCAUUUCCCUGACAAUCCGGGUGCAGUGGACCGACGACGUGUUUUUUUCUGGCUCAUAAGCUUCGCUUCUCUGUAUCCCUGCAGCAUCUGCAGGAGCGCCUUUCUGUCCAUCAUUCUACAACACCGCCCCAACACGUCCUCGCAGCGGGACCUUGUCCUGUGGGCCUGCCGCGUGCACAACGCUGUAAAUGACGAUCUCUCGCUACCUAUUUUUAACUGCCUAGAUCCGCAGCUGUUUGCUCGCCGGCUCAGCACCUAA